UCCACCGCCAGUGAGCGAGUGUGUAGCCUACUGUGUAUGUUUUCCGCAUCCAUGCCCACUCCGCCUCCCCCUGCUUCCGCUGUCUGCACGGUGGUCGACAGAACGGCUGUGGAAUAGCGAAAAUGGGAGUACAAAUUGAAACCAUUAAGCCGGGAGAUGGACAGACAUUUCCAAAGAAGGGGCAGCGCGUCGUGGUGCACUAUGUCGGAACCUUGGCGGAUGGGAAAGUGUUUGACUCUUCGAGGAACCGAGGAAAGCCAUUUAAAUUCAAGAUAGGGCACCAGGAGGUUAUUCGCGGCUGGGAAGAAGGCGUUGCCCAGAUGAGUGUAGGUCAGCGGGCCAAGCUGAUCUGCUCGCCUGACUAUGCUUAUGGCAGCAAGGGACACCCGGGCAUCAUCCCCCCAAACGCCACUCUGACCUUUGAUGUGGAGCUGCUUGGUUUAGAGGCCUAAGAUGUUUGCACUGCUUUGCUUAAUUCCACUGAACUUGCCAGGGUCAACUCCUAUCUCGGGAACAUGGAGGCAAAACGUUACCAGAUGAUUCCUGCAUAGGACCUAUGUCUAUAGCUUCACUAAUUCACUCUCCUUCUCAUUUACAUACAACUUGGUUUUUUUCA